AUGCUGCAGCCACCGUCUCCCCUGUUGGAGAUGGCAUCACUGCGUUUGCCAGACUCCGAGGAGUUCGACGUGGACACCCGCCGCAGGAGUAACAAUGGCAACGUACCACCUACCACCGUCUCGGCCGUUCCACCGGCCACUGGCACCCUGCUGCAGAUGAGGAACGACCUUGGCGAUUAUCUGAACAACCUGAUAGCGGAGGCGAUCACGACCAAUCCGAGGACGCCGAUGGAGGAGCACGGUGGAUUGUUGAACGCCAGUAAAACGGUGAACCUCUCCACUGCCGAACAGAUUCCCGAUCGAUUGUACAGGCACAGCAUGGCGAUGUCGGCGGUUUACUGUGUCGCAUACGUUCUCGUAUUCGUCGUCGGCCUGAUCGGCAACAGUUUCGUCAUAGCCGUGGUGUAUCGGUCCCCGCGGAUGAGGACCGUCACGAACUUCUUCAUCGUCAAUCUCGCGGUCGCCGACGUCCUCGUCAUCGUCUUCUGCCUGCCUGCCACGCUGAUGAGUAACAUCUUUGUCCGUGAGUACCAGAAGCGAUUCACGUUUGUUUCAACGUUCGAUUUCUCGAGAGGUUCUCGAUGCACUCGAACUGGCCGUCCGUUUAAACCAUAG